UUUAGAGAUCUAGGGAGGAAGACUUAGUUGAUAGUAUUGCACUAUCAAAUUGGAGUAACUGCUGUGGAUCAAUCAGAGAUAAUUGCUAUGGAUCAAUCAGUCUCCUUUUCUGUGAACAACAAUAAUGCUUCCAUCCAUAUUUUGAAUGCUUCCAACUACAAGAUAUGGAAACGAGAUGUGGAAUUUACUUUAGGCAUAAUGGAUAUGGACUUGUGCCUACGAGAAGAAAAACCUGCUGAUCUUACUGACUCCAGUACAGCUGCUGAGAGAACUCAUCAUGCACAAUGGGAAAAGUCAAGUCGACUUAGUCUUCUUACUAUGAAAAGAUCCAUUCCUGAACAUCUAUUGAGUGGUUUGCCAGACACUACAAAUGCCAAAGAGUUUUUCAAUGCUGUAGAAAAAUUAUACGACACUGGUGAAAACGCUGAAAGUUUGGACAUCUUAUGGAUGAAAUGACAACCAUUAAGUAUGAUGAAUUAAAAGGAGUGCGAGAUUUUAUUCUGAAAUUGGUGAAUGUUCAGUCCAAGUUGAAAGAUCAUAAUAUUCCUCUUCCUGACUCUUUCAUUAUUCAUCGAGCUCUUCAUGCUCUUCCUGCCUCUUUCAGCCUUAUCAAGACAAAACCUACAACACUUACAAUCAAACAUGGACUAUCAGCGACCUAAUUUCUCAGUGUGUAGCUGAAGAAAGCAAGCUUAAAAGGGAGAAGAAUGAAUCUGCUAACUAUGUUUCUCACCUCAAGCCCAACAAAGGAAAAGGAAAAUUCAAGAAUAAAAAUGAUGGUGCUACAAAACAGAAUGGUAAUGGUAAGGAGCAUAAGAAUAAACAGAAGAAUAACAACGGAAAGUCCAAAUACUCUAAUGUGAAGUGUUACUUUUGUGAAAAAUUGGGGCAUCGGAGAACAGACUGUCACAAAUUUAAGACUUGGUUAGAAAAGAAACAAGCACAAACAGGUAAUCCAUUAGCAUGUGUUUGUUUUGAAUCUAAUCUAGUUGAUGUUCCUAUUGAUUCUUGGUGGUUAGACAGUGGUGCUACUGUUCAUGUUUCUGCUUCCUUACAGGGGCUAAGGGAUCUCAGGAAGCCAAGUGAGAGGGAGUCCAAGCUUAAAGUGGGCAAUGAUGUUGGAGUUGACGUUAUCUAUGUUGGAACAUUUAUUCUUGAAUUACAGUCUCGUGAUAAGAUUAUUCUGAACAAUACUUUUUAUGUUCCUACUUUUAAAAGGAAUUUAGUUUCGCUUCCGCUUUUGGUUAAACAAGGAUAUUCUUUUCAUUUUGCAAAUGAUAAUGUUGACAUUAUGCUUGAA